AUGUCGUCCUCUGAAGAGAUUAUGCCAGGAGACAUUGUGUCCGUCCAGCACGGACCAAACGGCAACAAAGACGGACUUGUUAUCGGCUCGCACAUCGACUACGCUGGUCGUCAAAUACUUGAGGUCCAGCUGGAGCCUGGAGAGAUCUAUAAUGCGUGGUACCCUACUGUGACCCGCGUCAAACGUACUAUCUCGUACUCCCGUCCAGCUCUGCCGCAUAAGGCACGGACGAUAGAGCGAUUCGUCUACUGGUGA